UGUGAAUGAGGUGAUCCAGCAUUGGCUCAUUUAUUCUUGGAACAUACAUGCCACAUUUAUCUAUAAAUACCCUCUUCUAGACAAGGCACAAGGCACAAGGCACAGGCUUCCCUCCCUCCUUUGAAGAAACAAAUUAGAAGAGUGUGUUGUGUUGUGUUGAAGUAGCAAGCUAGCAAAGAUGUUUGGCAUCUUAGGAGGCAAUAAGGGGCACAAGAUCAAGGGUACUGUGGUGUUGAUGAGCAAGAAUGUGUUGGACUUCAACGAAAUAGUGUCCACUACUCAGGGUGGUUUGGUUGGUGCUGCCACCGGCAUCUUCGGUGCUGCCACCGGUAUUGUUGGUGGAGUUGUCGAUGGUGCUACUGCCAUCUUCAGUCGCAACAUUGCCAUCCAGUUGAUCAGUGCCACCAAGACUGAUGGACUUGGAAAUGGGAAAGUUGGAAAGCAAACCUAUUUGGAGAAACAUCUUCCUUCGUUACCAACCUUGGGAGACAGGCAAGAUGCAUUCAGCGUUUAUUUUGAAUGGGAUAAUGAUUUUGGAAUUCCAGGAGCAUUUUACAUCAAAAAUUUUAUGCAAUCUGAAUUUUUCCUCGUGAGUGUCACUCUUGAAGACAUUCCAAAUCAUGGAACCAUUCACUUUGUUUGCAACUCAUGGGUUUACAAUGCAAAAAGUUACAAAAGGGAUCGCAUUUUCUUUGCUAAUAAGACAUAUCUUCCAAAUGAAACUCCAACUCCACUAGUGAAGUACAGAAAAGAAGAAUUGGAAAAUCUAAGAGGAGAUGGAAAAGGAGAGCGCAAGGAAUAUGAUAGGAUCUAUGAUUAUGAUGUCUAUAAUGAUUUGGGUAACCCAGACAAGAGCAAUGAUCUAGCUCGUCCUGUUCUUGGAGGGUCUAGUGCCUAUCCAUAUCCUCGCAGGGGAAGAACUGGUAGAAAACCAACAACAAAAGACUCUAAGAGUGAGUCACCAUCCAGCAGCACCUACAUCCCAAGAGAUGAGAACUUUGGUCACUUGAAGUCAUCAGAUUUCCUUACAUAUGGAAUAAAAUCCAUAGCUCAAACCGUUUUACCUACAUUUCAAUCUGCAUUUGGUUUAAAUGCCGAGUUUGAUAGGUUUGACGACGUGCGUGGACUCUUUGAAGGUGGAAUUCAUCUCCCUACAGAUGCACUCAGUAAAAUUAGCCCCCUACCAGUGCUCAAGGAAAUCUUCCGCACUGAUGGUGAACAAGUCCUCAAGUUUCCACCACCUCAUGUCAUCAAAGUUAGUAAGUCUGCAUGGAUGACUGAUGAAGAAUUUGGAAGAGAGAUGCUUGCUGGUGUUAAUCCAUGCCUAAUUGAGUGCCUUCAAGUGUUCCCUCCAAAGAGCAAGCUAGAUCCCACAGUGUAUGGUGAUCAAACUAGUACAAUAACCAAAGAACACUUAGAGAUCAACCUUGGUGGACUCUCUGUGGAACAGGCACUGAGUGGUAACAGAUUGUUCAUAUUAGAUCACCAUGAUGCAUUCAUCGCAUAUCUGAGGAAGAUCAAUGACCUUCCCACUGCAAAGUCUUAUGCCACAAGGACCAUCCUUUUCUUGAAAGAUGAUGGCACCUUAAAGCCAUUGGCCAUCGAAUUAAGUUUGCCACAUCCUAGGGGAGAUGAGUUUGGUGCCGUUAGUAGAGUCGUCUUGCCCGCAGACCAAGGUGCUGAAAGUACAAUUUGGCUAAUUGCCAAGGCAUAUGUUGUUGUCAAUGACUCCUGCUAUCAUCAACUCAUGAGCCACUGGUUAAAUACUCAUGCUGUGAUUGAACCAUUUGUCAUAGCAACAAACAGGCAUCUUAGUGUGCUCCACCCUAUUUAUAAACUUUUGUUGCCUCACUAUCGUGACACCAUGAACAUCAAUGGACUCGCAAGACAAUCACUCAUCAAUGCAGGUGGCAUUAUUGAGCAAUCAUUUCUGCCUGGGCCAUUUGCUGUGGAGAUGUCUUCGGCAGUUUACAAGGGGUGGGUUUUCACUGAUCAAGCCCUUCCUGCGGAUCUUAUCAAGAGAGGAAUGGCAGUGGAGGAUCCAUCCUCUCCCUAUGGCCUUCGCCUUGUGAUAGAUGACUACCCUUAUGCUGUUGAUGGACUAGAGAUAUGGAGUGCUAUCCAGACAUGGGUUAAGGACUACGUCUCCUUGUACUAUGCCACGGAUGAUGCAGUUAAGAAAGACUCAGAACUCCAAGCUUGGUGGAAGGAAGCUGUUGAGAAGGGUCACGGUGACUUGAAAGACAAGCCAUGGUGGCCUAAGUUGAACACUCUUCAAGAUCUGAUUCACAUUUGCUGCAUUAUUAUAUGGACUGCUUCAGCACUCCAUGCAGCUGUGAAUUUCGGACAAUACCCUUAUGGCGGUUUCAUCCUAAAUCGUCCAACUCUAACCAGAAGAUUGCUCCCAGAGCCAGGAACCAAAGAAUAUGGUGAACUUACCAGUAAUCAUCAAAAGGCUUAUUUGAGAACAAUUACAGGAAAGACUGAGGCCCUUGUGGACCUAACAGUGAUAGAGAUAUUGUCAAGGCAUGCUUCUGAUGAGGUCUACCUUGGACAGAGGGACAAUCCAAAUUGGACUGAUGACACAAAGGCAAUUCAAGCCUUUAAGAAGUUUGGAAACAAGCUGAAGGAAAUUGAGGACAAAAUCUCAGGGAGGAACAAGAAUUCAAGCCUUAGGAACCGUAAUGGACCGGCGCAGAUGCCCUACACUGUGCUUCUUCCUACCAGUGGGGAAGGCCUUACUUUCAGAGGAAUUCCCAACAGCAUCUCUAUCUAAUGAGAGUGUGUGGUGUGUGGUGUGUGGUUUUCUUUCCUUCCAACGUACCUCUCAUUGACAAAUAAACGUGCAAACUUAUGUGUGCAUAAUUUUCUUAUGUAUGCUUAAGUUUUGUAAUUGGAUGCUAUCUAGUUUUUCAUAUCUAAUAGGGUGUUGUGUCAGUUUUUAUGUAUAGUAUUGUGCUCCUAUCAUGUUCACCCGUAUCAUGUUCACCCGUAUGUAAGUCUGAUAUUCUGAUCUAUGAAUGUCAAAUCAAAUUUCUCUAUGUCACCAACUUGGAUUUGAUACCCGUAUGUAAGUCCUAUCAUGUUACAUAUCUUGACUUUGAAUUGGGUA